AAAUGAGUUUCACCUCCCAGUGUUGUUGACAGAGGAGGGUCGAUGCACAUGGGUCAGGGUUGACUGACAGACUGGAUUUUAGCUUCACGAGUGUCAUUUCUCGCUUGGGACUGAGGGCGAUCGAGCGAAACCAGCUGUACGUGACGGAUAAGCAGCAUUUUCAUGCUUACCACUGGCUAGAAUGAGGCUGUGAUGGGUUUGACGGAGCUGACUUGUGUUGGAGCUUCAGAUCGAUAUCAAAUAGAGCUUCUUAUAAGAACACGAUCUCUUCUACAUCAUGGCCAGGAGUCAGAAUAAUUUGUGGAGACAGCAUGACCUGAACAGAGUGCAGAGCUUUGGCCUGAGUGCUGACACAGAGCAAACCCUGAAGGAGCUUCAACAGCAACAGCAAAUGGCCAACGAGUUUAACUCCAACCCCUCUCUCUCCCAGCCUCCAUUUUUUCCUGAUUCCUACCGCCUAGCAUCAGACAACAUGCUGCUGCCCAUUGAGGGAGACCAGGUGGUUCCUUCUUCCCAGAGACAGGCAGUGUUCGGGGUUGAUCAGAGGGAGGCCAAACCCUUGCCACCUCUGCCAGACCACGAGGAGCUUAUGUCAGAUGAAGCAGCUGAUAGUGAGGUUGAGUUCUUUACCAGUGACCGACGGCCCCUUUUGCCCAAAAGCUGCCCUAAGCCUAUCUGCAGGAACAGCAGCAAAGACUUUGGCCAAGUAAAUUAUGCCUACCAAGAGAGUUCAUUGAGGGCUGGAGAUGCUGGCGUUGGAUCCAUGGCUUUCUCUUGGCCAAGCAGAGAGGACCGGCCAACAUUUGGAGGAGGCAGGUUUGCGGCCAACAUUUGGUGCCUUGGUCACCAGAGAGAUGAAAACCAGCCUGUGUUGUCGGAAGCUGAGGAUACCUUUGGAGCCAAACGGCCAGACCAGAACCUAUUACCUAGAAUCCAAUUUUCUGGCUGGGAUCAUUCCACCCAGCCACACGCCAGCACCUCAUCAUGGUCCACUGACAGGCCACAAAUCCCUCCUCGUAUCCCCAUCCCACCAAAAUCAAAGACUGGGACCGAUGAAGACAAACCUCCCAAAAUCCCUCCUAGGGUGCCUUUAGUCCCACCCUGUCCACCACGCACCCCAAGCCCUAAAAGUCUUCCAAUUUAUAUCAAUGGAGUGAUGCCUGCCACUCAGAGUUUUGCUGCUAACCCCAAAUAUGUCAGUAAGGCGUUACUGAGACAGAUGACAGGUGAGCCACCUGCAACCCAGUUUUCUCCCUGCAUCGUUCCGAUUUUGAAGGAUGGCAGAAAGGCCAGCGGGACGCACUACAUCCUGCUGCCGCCGGGCCGACCGCCAAACACAGAGAGAAGAGAAAGACUCCUGAGUGAACCUGCUAAGACAGGGAACAGCAGCUUCUGGCAGAAAAGGUAGAAAUCAUCUCACCAUGUCUGAAACUAGACGAGUACAAAACGGUGACUGACGUUAUUAAUCACUCUGUGAUACACGACUGUACAGUGUGCGAUAAUAUCUGCUCACAUGUGUAACGUAUUGGUAUUUUCAUUGACUGACAUGUGUUUGGUGUAAUAUCCACGAGGUUUUUUUGACUGAACAUUUUACCAAUCAGUAUUUUAGAGACGUCUCUUCUACUUCGACCACAACGACAAUACACAAUAAUAUAGUAUUUUCACAAAUAGAGAACAGAUAUUUAUUUUCUAUCACCAUUUGUCGGUUUUCGAUAACUAAGAUACUGCCGUUUUCUUACUAAAAAAAAAGUAUGAUCACUUAUAAAUUUUUAAAGUCUGACAGUCGUAUGCUCAUACCACUAAAAACAGCCUUAGCUAUGCAACAUAUACCUUACAAGAGAGCGCGUCUUUAUAAAUGUACAAGCUGGGCUUGUGCCAAACUGUUCCACGUCUGUUAUUUUUAUCACAAUGCUGCUUGAAAAAUAUAAUGUAUUGAUAGAUUUGAUGUUUUUCCAAAUAAUUAAAGCACUAUUUGAAUAUUUUAGCAUCUUUUCAGGUAAACUUAAUAAAGUGCUUCAUUAAAAAAUACCAGAUUAUAAAGAGUUAGUCAAGUGCAAGUCUAAAAAUUCUUGACAAAUUUUAUAGUAAAUUUGCAAAUGAACAUGUUAGAUCACCCCCACACACACACACACACACACACACACUCGAUGCAGCUAAUAUUGGGUGUUUGCGCUUUUAGAAAUUUACAUCAAACUACAUUAACUACAGAAAAUUCAGCAUCUGCAUUUAAAGUGUCAAUUUGUUCAUUUUAAUCAGUGUGUAUUUAAAGCUAAAUUCUAAUUCAUUUUCAUUAGAAACUUUGUUGAAAACCUGCAGUCACACUUAUGUUCACAGGUCUUUAAACAUAUGAAGAACAAGUCAGAAGUUUUUACUUGUUGCAUUUGUAAAUAGAGCUGAAAAAUUGUCAUUAGCUGAUCCUCAUGAAAAUUUUUAAUGAUGUAAAUCUGAUGUUUAUACUUUUUUUUUUACUGUGUGGGCAUGGAAGUCAUGUUACGUUUACACUGCUGAGGUGCAGGCCCACAUUUACCUUUGUUACACCAACCUCUAUGAAGUUCUCAUGAAGGUUCUCUAUCGGAUUUGGCCCAUUCAAAGGCUGUUUGUAAGUUCAUAAUUUU